GCGGAGGGACAGGCCAGCGCCGUGACUCAGCGCUGGGGGUGGAGCGGGGCGGGACGGGGCGGGAUGAUCCUUAUAAGGCUCGAGGCCUCCAAGCGUGCUUGAGUGCCGCCGCCGCCGCCACUGUUACUUCUGUCUACACAGCAACCAUGCCACCCUACACCAUCGUCUACUUCCCUGUUCGAGGACGCUGUGAGGCCACGCGCAUGCUGCUGGCUGACCAGGAUCAGAGCUGGAAGGAGGAGGUGGUGACCAAGGAGACCUGGAUGCAGGGCUCUCUCAAGGCCUCCUGUCUGUACGGGCAGCUCCCUAAGUUCCAGGACGGAGACCUCACCCUGUACCAGUCUAAUGCCAUCCUGCGCCACCUGGGCCGCUCCCUCGGGCUGUAUGGGAAGAACCAGCAGGAGGCCGCCAUGGUGGACGUGGUGAAUGACGGCGUGGAGGACCUCCGCUGCAAAUACGGCACCCUUAUCUACACCAACUACGAGGCGGGCAAGCAAGACUAUGUGAAAGAACUGCCGGGGCGCCUGAAGCCUUUUGAGACCCUGCUGUCCCAGAACCAGGGGGGCCAGGCCUUCAUCGUGGGCAACCAGAUUUCCUUCGCAGACUACAACCUGCUGGACUUGCUGCUGAAUCACCAGGUCCUGGCCCCCGGCUGCUUGGACUCCUUCCCCCUGCUCUCGGCCUACGUGGCUCGCCUCAGCGCCCGGCCCAAGCUCAAGGCCUUCCUGGCCUCCCCCGAGCACGUGAACCGCCCCAUCAAUGGCAACGGGAAACAGUGAGGGCUUGUGGUACCCGCAACAGCAGGGAGGGCCUGCCUGCCUCCCUGGCCCCAGGACCAAUAAAAUUUCCACAAGAGAAA